UUGGAAUCACUGUUUGUUGGAACUCUACACAAAGCAGCAGUGAUGGGACUGGCUCCCACCUCUGUCCCUCCAGUGUCACAGGGAAUCCCGUUAUGAUAGGUAUCGUAUUAUCUCUGUGUUAUGGUACAUAUUUUGCCUUGGAAUUCCAAGGCAAAGGAAUGUGAAAGUAGUAAAUCAAGACAAAUGGGAUAGUGGGGGCUGUAUGUCCUUUCAAUUGAAAAAGAAAAACCCUGCCUGGCAUGCUGUGAUACAGGAGAGAAUUCAUUUUAUUUACCAGAUGAAUAGACAACAUGAGUAAUGAGCUGAUAAUCAGUAAAACAGGAAAAAACAGCAAAAGAAAAACUUCUUUUAAAGUAUUUACUGACUUACAAGUCUAACAGUCUUAUCUCCCUUCCUCAGCUGUGUUUUCUGAGUCAGCAGUAGUUAAAUUUUCCAGCGAGCCCUACAUGAAAGAAAGUGUAAAGGGUGAUUAGGGAUUUCCAGGCAGUGACCUCACCUUUGAGUGGGACAGUCUAUGCAUUUGCUCUGACGAUCUUUCUAUGAAGCUGUGCAGUGACAGCUGAAGUUGCUUUCAAGAAGUCAUCUCAAAGGUGGCCUGACAGCAUCCAGUAUCAACUUUUCUUAGCACAGGAGACAAAUCACCUUGAAUUUCUUAAUUUUCCUAGUUGGUGACAAUGGCAUCUUAUUUUGGAGUUACCUCAGCGGUGUUUUUCAUCUGGGUUAUGACAUUCACGGCUCAAAAUUACUAUAUAUCAGGUUCCAUUCUUUCACCUUGCAGGAUCACAGGUGUAGGAAUUUAUCUUGAGGAGAAAGUGAAUUUCUCAGAAGCAAGUAAUGCAUGUAAUCAACUGAAUCUCCAACUGGCGAGUAAAGACCAAGUUGAAAAGGCUUUGAAUCAUGGUUUUGAAACAUGCAGCUAUGGAUGGGUGAAAGAUGGAUUUGUUGUCAUUCCAAGGCUAACAUCCAAUAAGAAAUGUGGUAAGGGCAACGUUGGACUAGUGCAAUGGUAUGCUGAACCCUUUAAAACAUUUAAGGUUUACUGCUUCAAUUCCUCAGAUGUUCAGAUUAAUUCAUGUAAACCAGAUCCAACUACAACCAUACUACCUUCACCAAGUGCAACAAUGGACUUAACUACACAUUCAGGCUCCGAUGAGACUGAGAACAUCACAGCAGUGCCCAAUGUGACUGAGUCAGAACAGCCCAAGAGAAACCAAAAAUUUCGUGUAAUCUGUGUAACUGAAACUAUAUCGCCAACAGAGGGGACCACUACAGAAAUGCCAGAGGAAGACUCAGUGACUGACUCUCCUAACGACACUUCCCAUGCUGCCUUUAAAAAUGAUGCUGUUGUCUUUGGAGGUAUUCCCACUGCACUUCUUGUACUAGCAGUCAUCUUCUUCAUUAUUUCAGUUGUUCUAUCAGUCUGCUAUAUCAAAAAGUACAAGAAAACUUUCCCAUUUUCACAGAAGAAUCAACAAAAAGAAGUGGUUGAAACUACUGCUCUCAAAGAGGCUAAUUCAAAUGACAAAACACCUGAGAAGGAAACAAAGAAUAAUGGGAAAAAUGUAGAAGAGUCUAAAACCAAGCCUGAGGCCACAGUAAAAUGUCUAGAAGCAGAAGUGUAAGGGGAAGAAUGUACACUUCUUGACAGAAAUGUAAAACAAAGCACACAGAACUUAGCAAUGCUUUUAAACAUGGGUGAUUGUAAAUACUCAUGAAUUAAUAUUUUCUCUAUCUUUACAUUUAUUAAUUUCAUCUUUAGCUAUGAAUGCUCUUGCAGAAGAACAUGGUAUCUUAUUUACUUGAAAUAAUGAAAAAGCCAUAUUAUCUUUUUCAUCUUUAAUGAAGAAUUAGGAAUAUGCUAUUAAUUAUAUGCAGUGUGUUAACUAUGUCCACAGAAUUCAGAUCAGUAUGCAAUGAAAUGUCAUUUUUUAAGUGGCUGCAGGAUGUCUGCUAAAUUAAUGUCUGCAAGAAACUUAUGAUACUGUAGCUCUUCCUCAUGUAGAUUACCUUAUUUCUAUUAAGCAGUGGUAUACUGGUUUUUAAAAGUUUGUUUACAAACAAAAGAAAUAAAUCUGUUUACAAGUAAGUAAAAAAAAUCAAAGGAUCAAUCCACUGUCAUUCAGAUACCCAAGGAAGGGUACACAGAUGCUGAUAGUU